GACAUAUUGUUUAAAGCUGUUUGCAGGCUCUUGCUCUUGGCCAAAGUAAGAACAACUUAGAGAUGCCUGGAAACAUAGUGUCAUAGACACUUAAAAGAACAAGAAGCAGGACAUUUAAAGAACAAUAACAAGGAUCAACUAUUUUCCUCUCAUUAUUCAUUCAUUAUCGAGUGAAAAAUGAAAAGAAUGAAUUCAAAUGUGAAGAUAAUUUGGCAUGAUUAAUAUCUGUUAGCUAAUGAAAUAUUGAUUUUUGCUAAUUGUUGUGAUACAUUCCAUUUAGCACAGAUUUUGUUCCAUUGCAUUUAUUUCUUUAAUUAGGUUGCUGCCAGCUUAUAAAUAAGUUUUGUAUUCACUCUUCGAAAAUAGAGAAUUACAGGAAUAUUCUGAUUAUUAUCUUUCAAGUUGGUAUCAGAGCUCCCGAUCCAGGGGGCUUUGCUUCUGCAUUCUUCUAGGCAGCCUUCAUUGCUGCAGUUGAUACUGUUUCAGUGCCCAGUUACUGCAUAUACCACUGGUUGCCGUCCGUCGCUGUCCUCCGCCGUCAGCUUCCUUCCGCCGUCGUCAGCCACCGUCUGCCACCGCGAAACUGAUCCGAGAACCCACCAGGAGAAGCGCCUUCUCCAGAUUGGCCUAUCCCUGAAGUUUCACUGCCAACCGCUGCCGGACGUGCCGCCACUCGCCGUUUUGUCUCCGGCGUGUGUAAGCCACGCGCCACCGUACAGGCCGUCUUUUUCGACGGUGCCUCCACAGAACAGGUCGCCGGCCCACCCCGGUUCUGUUCCAGGAGUUAUUUUGCCCCAAAACAGCCUCAGAAACCCUAACUCGAGAAGGUUACGGUUACCGUUCUACGUUUUUUCUCUAUCUUGUUUCUGCGAUUUUCCUCUUCCCAUUAUGUCUACAGACAGUCCCUCUUCUCAGUCCCAAUGACCUUCAGGCAUUGCAAGGCUCAUAUCGAGUUGAUGGGCACAACUACCUCUAGUGGGCCCAGUUCGCACUAAUCUCAAGGGACGAAAGAAGUUGAACCACAUAGAAGGAGAACCUCCAGCCCAAACAGAUCCUAAGUAUGAAGCCUGAGAUGAUGAAGACUCUCUUAUCAUGACCUGGUUAUGGCAUUCUAUGACUCAAGAAUCAGCCAGAACUGUAUGUACUUCUCCACUACUAAGGAGAUUUGGGAAAAUCUUAGUCAGACGUAUUCUAUGAAGAAAGAUAUUGCAGCAUGUUAUGAGAUAGAGAACAAGGUUUUCAAUACCAAAUAGGGGAGUCUUUCAGUAACAGAUUAUUAUGGGACGUUGAAUGGUUUAUGGAUUGAGUUGGAUCAACAUCAGGAUUUGAAAAUGACGCCCACAGCUGAUUCUGCCACAUGACACAGUUCAUUGAAAGGAUGAGAAUCUUUAAAUUUCUUUUUGUACUAAACACUGAGUUUGAUCCGAUUCGGGUUCAGAUUUUGGGCAAAGAAAAACUUCCUUCUCUCUCAGAGGUGUUCUACACUGUACAAGGAGAAGAAACUCAGAGGUCAGUAAUGUUGGAAGGGAGCAGUUUUGUUGAUGGUUCAGCCUUAGCUACUGGCAAGGGUCCCACAAAAGGCUCAUCCUCUUCAUUUGGGAAGCCUCUCACAAAGGCUAACCGUGAUGAUCGCUGGUGCAGCUAUUGUAGGAAGUCAGGUCAUACUAAGGAGAAAUGUUUUAGACUUCAUGGAAAGGAGAAGGUACUUGAGCGCGUCGGAGGAUUCAAAGGUGCCACACAAAGGCGUGCUAAUCAAGCAACGUCUGCUUCUGAAGGUGUAAGAUACACACCUAUCCCACAGGCUGAAAAGGAGAUCCCAGCUCUCAGCAAAGCAGAAUUGGAACGUCUAUAGGCCCUUAUGGACUCUCUUAGUAUGACAUCUAGCUCUUGUUCUCUAACCAUGACUGGUAAGAGUUCUAGCUUCCUAUCCUUUAAUGCUUCUGGUACUGAAAAUAUCUGGAUUAUAGACUUUGUUGUUACUGAUCAUAUGACACCUCGCUCUUCUUAUUUUUCAUCCUACACCAUUUUAACUGGUAACCAACACAUCACUGUCGCUAAUGGUUCUCAUACCCCCGUUAUUGGUUGCGAUCUUGCCACGGGGAGGACGAUUGGAAUUACUAAAGAGCAGGGUGGAUUAUACUACUUGCAGCAUGAGGACAAUAAAGAGUGUACCAAACAGAAGGCUUUCACUUCUAAUCACCAGACAAGUUCAGAACCUUGGUCAUCCUCCCAAAUAUGGCUUCAGCACAGACGUCUGGGUCAUCCUCCGUUUAGUGUCCUUAAGUCUUUAUUUCCCUUUUUGUUUGCAAAAAUGUUAAUCGAGUCUUUUCAUUGUGAUGUUUGCGAGUUUGCUAAACACCAUCGAACAAAUUUUCUUCCUAGUACUAAUAAAAGUUCUAAACCUUUUGAUCUUGUUCAUUCGGAUGUAUGGGGACCUGCACUUAUCAAUAAUAUUUCUGGUGCAAAGUGGUUUGUUUCUUUCAUUAAUGACUGUACUCGGGUUACUGGAUAUUUCUCAUGAAAGACAAAUAUGAAGUUUUUCAAUUGUUUGUAAACUUUUACCGUAUAAUUCAAACGCAAUUUGGGAGCCCAAUUAAAAGAUUGCGUUUUGAUAAUGGGAGAGAGUAUGUGAAUCAAAACCUUUCUAAGUUCCUCAAAGAUAAUGGUGUUGUUCAUGAGUUAACUUGUGUGGACACCCCUCAACAAAAUGAGGUUGCAAAAAGGAAAAAUCGACAUCUCCUUGAGGUUGCUAGAGCUUUACUCUUCCAAAUGUCUGUUCCUAAGUCUUACUGGGGGGAAGCUGUUCUAACCGCCACUUACUUGAUAAAUAAAUCAUCCUCUCGUGUUUUAAAUGGUGUUAGUCCUAUUCAACUCAUAACCACAUACUAUCCUUCUGUUCCCCUUAUGACCAGUUGUCAGAGUCGUGUCUUUGGAUGUCCUCUCUUUGUUCAUGUUCAUGGUCCGCAUCGGGAAAAGUUAGAUCCUCAGGCCAUUAAAUGUGUCUUCAUAGGUUAUGCCUCAAACAAAAAAAGGUACAAUUGUUAUCACCCUCAAAGUCUUCGUGUCUAUGUUUCCAAGGAUGUCACUUUUCAUGAAACAAAGUCUUUCUUCACUAGUCCUCCGAUUCAGGGGGAGAGUAGUCUCGAAGUUGAGAUCCUUGAGCUGUCAUGUUUUCCCUUGUUACAGGAUUUCACUCCUAUGGAGGAUGACAAAGACCCUGAACCAGCAUCAUCACCAAUUCAACAUAAGGAGGACAAACACUUUGGGAACCAGUACCAGCGAAGAAAAAACCCGACCUGGUCCAACAACAACUUCAAUCAUCCGAAUCGAAGGUAAGAACUCAUACUCUUGAGGACACCUUAGAUGCUUCUUGUGAAUCUAACCUAGAUGAUUUGCCAAUUGCCUUGAGAAAAGAAAAAAGAUCUUGUGCAAAAUAUCUUAUAUCCCAAUUUGUGUCUACUAAAAAUCUUUCUCUACAGCACUAGAGUUUUAUUUCAACUAUUGAUUCUAUCAAAAUUCCUACAUCAGUACAAGAAGCCUUAAAGGAUGAGAACUGGGUUCGAGCCAUGAAUGAAGAAAUGGGUGCAUUGGAAAGGUACAAGACUUGGGAGAUUGUAGAGAGACCGAAAGACAAAAAGGCAGUAGGUUGUAGGUGGGUAUAUACAGUUAAAUAUCAGACUGAUGACUCAUUGGAGUGGUAUAAGGCGAGGUUGGUUGCAAAGGGAUACACCCAAACCUAUGGGAUCAAUUAUGAGGAGACAUUUGCUCCAGUGGCAAACAUGAAUACAGUCAGGAUUAUCAUCUCCUUAGCAGCGCACUUUGGUUGGGAGAUGCAUCCAUUUGAUGUUAAAAAUGCCUUCUUACAUGAAAGCUUGACAAAAGUAUACAUAGAGAUUCCACCUGGAUAUGGUGCCACUAAUGGAGGAAAUAAAGUUUGCAGACUAAAGAAGGCCCUAUAUGGCUUGGGCUUGGUUUGAUAGGUUCACUCAAGCUAUGGUAUCUUUGGGGUACAAACAAAGCCAAGGUGACCAUACUUUCAUUAUAAAACACCCCUAAGAUGGUAUUCUUACUUUGCUCUUGGUCUAUGUCGAUGAUAUAAUUAUUGCAAGCGAUGAUGAGCUUGAAAAACAGACCUUAAGGGAAAGGUUGGCUACCCAAUUUGAAAUGAAGGAUCUUCCUUAGGAUAGAGGUUGCAUACUCUAGGCAGGGUAUCUUCAUUUCUCAACGAAAAUAUAUACUUGAUCUCCUCAAAGAAGCUGGCAAGUUGGGCUGUAAAACCAUUGGAGUGCCCAUAGAGAAAAAUCCCAGGAUUAGAAAUGAUGAAGAAAGCCCAAAGGUAGAAAAGACACAAUACCAGAGACUUGUGGGAAAACUUAUCUACUUAUCCCACAUCAAGCCUGAUAUAGCCUAUGCUGUUAGUGUGGUUAGUUAGUUCAUGCAUGACCUAAGAGAGAGACAUUUGCAGACAGUAAAUAGGAUCAUUCAGUACUUAAAGUCUUCUCCAGGAAAUGGAUUGUUGUUUAAAAAAGAGAGAAAUUUAUCCAUGAAAGUAUAUACUGAUGCUGACUAUGCAAGAUCAAUUGUUGAUAGGAGAUCCACCACAAGAUACUGCAUGUUCUUGGGUGGAAAUUUAGUAACAUGGAGGAGUAAGAAGCAAAAUGUAGUUGCAAGAUCAAGUGCAGAAGCUGAAUUCAGAGUUAUGGCUCAAGGGGUUUGUGAGUUGUUAUGGAUGAAGUUCAUACUUGAUGACCUCAAAAUAAAAUAUGAAGCUCCUAUGCCGGUUUGUGAUAAUAAGUCCGCCAUCAGCAUUGCACACAAUCCAAUUCAAUAUGAUCGAACAAAGCACAUAGAGAUAGAUCGACAUUUCAUUAAGGAGAAAUAGUACAGUGGUCUUAUAGCCACCGAAUACAUCCCUUCAAAGCUUCAGUUGCCAAAUAUGUUCACCAAGGGACUUCCCACGGAGCAGCUUCAAGACCUUACUUGCAAGCUGGGAAUGAUAGAUAUACAUUUACUAGCUUGAGGGGGAGUGUUGUGAUACAUUCCAUAAUUAGCACAGAUUUUAUUCUGUAAUUAGUACAAAUUUGAUUUGUACAGAUUUUGUUCCAUUGUAUUUCUUUCCUUAAUUAGGUUGCUGGCAGCUUAUAAAUAAGUCUUGUAUUCACUCUUUGAAAAUAGAGAAUUACAAUAAUAUUCAGAUUAUUAUCUUUCAAGUCUAAUAUUAGUUUAUGGCUAAUAUAUACCUCACCCUACCGUAUCAGUAGAUAAUGUUUUUUUUUUUAUAAUAAAUUCAACAGUUCAUUUCAAGUUGAGAUGAAAAAUAGGAGAAACCAUAGGAGAGAACCGUGUGUAUAACUUACACAUUGGAGAGUAUUAUUUACAGAAUGAGUCAUAAAUAUAAGAACAAGAAUGUGGCACAACUCUAUAUUCUGCUUCUGCACUUGAUCUUGCCAUAACAUUUUGUUUCUCGCUCUUCCAUGAAAUCAAAUUAUGUCUAAUAAAAUUGCAAAACCUGGAAGUGGAUCUCUUGUCAAUAGGAGAGCUUGCUCAAUCUCUGUCAGAAUAUCCCACAAGAUGUGUAUAAUCGUUCUCUUCAUACAAGAAGCCUUUUCUUGGGGCUCCGUUAAUAUAUUUCACGAUACAAAUCACUACAUUCCAAUGAUUAUCACAUGGAUAAUUGAGAAGCUGGCUUACCACACUAAUAGGAAAUUAGAUAUCUAGACAAAUUGUUGUGAGGUAAUUCAAUUUUCCAACUAAUCUUUUAUCACAUUGGGUUAAAUUAGAGAAAAGGCUUCCUUGUUCCAGUAGCUUGGUAUUGGGAUUCAUAGGAGUGUCCACAAACUUAGCAUUCUGGUUUUGAUUACUCUUCUCUUGGUUAGUCAAUUGGUUCAUAUUUCAUAGUUUAUUUCUGGCAAAUGUUGAACUCAUCACUCCCCUUAAAGUUUUAAAUUGUAAUGAUGCAGUCAAAUCCAGUUCUUGAAGCAUUUGGUAAUGCAAAAACUGUUAGAAAUGACAAUUCCAGCCGUUUUGGAAAAUUUGUUGAGAUUCAAUUUAAUAAGUAUGGACGAAUGUCUGGUGCAGCCAUUAGAACUUAUCUUCUUGAGAAAUCUCGUGUUUGCCAAAUCUCAGAUCCUGAGCGUAACUAUCAUUGUUUCUACCUUCUCUGUGCUUCUCCUCCUGAGGAAAAGGAGAAAUAUAAGUUGGGAGAUCCUAGAUCAUUUCACUACCUUAAUCAAUCCAAUUGCUAUGAAUUAGUUGGUGUAAAUGCUGCUCAAGAGUAUCUGAGCACCAAGAGAGCCAUGGAUAUUGUGGGAAUCAGUCAGGAGGAGCAGGAUGCUAUUUUCAGAGUUGUAGCUGCUAUUCUUCAUCUUGGAAACAUUAAGUUUGCAAAAUCAGAAGAAACUGAUUCAUCAGUUCUAGAAGAUGAAGCAUCCAGGUUUCAUCUCCAAACAACAGCAGAACUUCUCAUGUGUGAUCCUAAUUGUUUGGAAGGUGCACUACGUGAGCGUGUGAUGAUUACUCCAGAAGAAAUCAUCAAAAGAAGUCUUGAUCCUCUUGGUGCUACAGUUAGCAGGGAUGGUUUAGCCAAAACACUAUAUUCUCGAUUAUUUGACUGGUUAGUCCAAAAAAUUAAUAUCUCCAUUGGGCAGGAUCCUAGCUCAAAAUGUCUCAUUGGUGUUCUUGACAUAUAUGGCUUUGAAAACUUUCAAACGAAUAGUUUUGAGCAGUUUUGUAUAAAUUUCACAAAUGAAAAGCUGCAACAACACUUCAACCAGCAUGUGUUUAAGAUGGAGCAAGAGGAAUACACAAAAGAAGGGAUUGACUGGAGCUACUUAGAAUUUGUAGAUAAUCAAGAUGUACUGGAUCUCAUUGAAAAGAAACCAGGUGGAAUCAUUGCUCUGCUCGAUGAAGCUUGUAUGUUUCCGAAGUCAACUCAUGAAACAUUUUCACAGAAGCUUUAUCAGACAUUCAAAGAUCACAAACGCUUCAUCAAGCCAAAAUUGGCACGCUCAGAUUUCUCUGUUGUUCAUUAUGCAGGGGAGGUUCAGUAUCAAUCUGAGCAAUUUUUAGACAAGAACAAAGACUAUGUUGUUCCUGAACAUCAAGACAUGCUAAGUGCUUCAAAAUGUUCAUUUGUAUCAGGCCUUUUUGCUCCACUUUCUGAGGAAACAGCCAAAUCUGCUAAAUUUUCUUCUAUUGGUUCUCGUUUCAAGCUACAAUUACAACAGUUGAUGGAUGCACUCAAUCUGACAGAGCCACACUAUAUUAGAUGUAUAAAGCCAAAUAGUCUAUUAAAACCUUUCAUAUUUGAAAAUAUGAAUGUUAUCCAACAAUUACGAUCUGGUGGUGUUCUUGAAGCAGUAAGAAUUAAAUGUGCUGGAUUCCCCACUCACUGGACCUUUCAUGAUUUCUUAACUCGAUUAGGCAUUCUUGCUCCGGAGGUUCUUCAAGGGAACUUCGAAGAAAAGGAUUCAUGUAAAAAGAUUUUGGAGAAGAUUGGGCUGACAGGUUAUCAGAUAGGUGAAACACAAAUAUUCCUAAGAGCUGGUCAGAUGGCUGAAUUGGAUGCUCGGAGAGCAUUCCUGCUCAGUAAUUCUGCAAUAGUUAUCCAAAAGCAUACUAAAACUCAUUUUAGUCAGAAAAGAUAUAUUGCAUUGCAAAAGUCCUCUGUUUUUCUGCAAUCCAUUUGCAGAGGAGAACUGGCUCGAAGAUCGUAUUAUCACAUGAAGAGGGAAGCAGGUGCAGUCAGAAUUCAAAAGUAUAUGCGUGGAACACUAGCCAGGAAAUGGUACACCGAAAUAAAGAUAUCUGCCAUUGUCUUGCAGACAGGUUUUCGAGCAGUGGCUGCUUGUAAUAAAUUUAGAUAUAGAAAGCAAAUUAGUGCAUCGACUACUAUUCAGUCCAAUUGGCGCCGGCAUAAAGCUCUCUCUGACUAUCAGAACCUUAGGAAAGCAUCAAUCAGUUCACAAACCAUCAAUCACUCCAGUUAUAAACAUGAACAGAAGGUUUUUGAGACACCUGCGCAAAAUGAAAGUCCUUCUAUGGAAGAAUGUUCAAAUCCUGUCCAAGAAGAAUCCUCAAGUCCUUUCCAAGAUGAUGAAAGCAUUGAAGCUAUCAGGGAUUCCUCUAUUCCUCUCAAAGACACUGAAAAGAUUGAGGUUCUUACUAUAGAAAUAAAAAACUUGAAGGUCAUGUUGCAGGAAGAAAAACAAAGAGGUGAUGAAUAUGAAAGGAAAUAUGUAGAAGCUCAAGGAUCUAGUGAAGAGUUACGCAAAAAGUUAGCAGAAACUGAAAAAAGAGUACAUCAGCUUCAGGACUCGUUGAACAGGAUGAUAUCUUCCAUGUCAAGUCAAGUUGCCGAGCUGAAGGCGAUCUUGAGUACUUCAUCAAGAUUGAGUUCAACUUUUCGACCUAUUGCUAGGGUUGACAUUGCUUCCAGUAACUCUGAUACUUCAUCUACAGACUCUGAUUUCACAUUUCCGGCUCCUGUUUCAAAUACUGAACUUUUAUCUUCCCCAGAGUCAAAUUCUUUCCAACUAGUAGUUCAGGAUGUCACUGCAGGGGAUGGAUCGGGAUCUGAAAGUGGAAAGGAGGGUUCAUUUGAUGAUUUCUUCUAGUAAAAUUUGUAUUUCUUAUCGGGCUUAAAUUUACGUGUCCUCUGUCUCUGGGGAAACAAGGAGGAAACACAAAGAUUUGGAGGUGGCAUUGGUUAGGCAUGUUAAUUCCUUUGCCACAUGCUCUAAAAAAAAUUGUAGAUACACAGUUUAUCUCAGGAUCCUGUAGAUCAGUAAGGUAGAGGUAGCAAAAGUGUCAACCCAUGAUGAACCCUUUGAUCAGUGUUUCACAUUGUUUAUGUCCCUUCUGAAUUCUAUAUUAUUUGAUGUCAAAUGACACAUAGAGUGACAAUUUUUUGUAUAUAAAAGCUUUCCAGAGGUUUUUCUUGUUU